UGAAUUUUUUCCAAAUUGACAUCUAAGUUGAUCUAAAUGUUGUGGAGACAACACGUGCUCAAAUAUAAAUUUUUAUAAUUCGUGUAUCGCAGAUACAAAAUGCCCAACAUCAAGUUGCAAUCAUCGGAUGAGCAGAUCUUCGAUACUGACAUCCAAAUUGCCAAAUGCUCAGUCACCAUACGCACCAUGUUGGAAGACUGCGGCAUGGAUGAGGACGAGAGCGCCAUUGUGCCAUUGCCGAAUGUGAAUUCGACAAUUUUGCGCAAGGUGCUAAUCUGGGCCAAUUAUCACAAAGACGAUCCAGAGCCCACCGAGGAGGAUGAGACUAAGGAGAAACGUACAGACGAUAUAAGCACAUGGGAUGCCGACUUUCUAAAAGUUGAUCAGGGCACACUCUUUGAGCUCAUCUUGGCGGCCAAUUAUCUGGAUAUCAAGGGCCUGCUGGAGCUAACAUGCAAGACCGUGGCCAAUAUGAUUAAGGGCAAAACUCCCGAGGAUAUACGCAAGACGUUCAACAUUAAAAAGGAUUUCACUCCCGCCGAGGAGGAACAGGUGCGCAAGGAGAACGAGUGGUGUGAGGAGAAGUAAACUAUAACAAACUUUAAUACACAUAUAUUAUCAAUGGUUUAAACAAUUGGACUGGGCUUGCAACAUAAUGGAGACUAAGCCUAUUGACAAAUUUUACUCUUGCAAGCAGCAAAAUGCUGCAGUUUUAUCUAUGUCUAUGUUAAAUUACACUUUUGCAUAAUCAACAACAAUUUUAUCUUGAAAACCAAAUGUAAUUUAAUUGUAUAAGCAUACUCAAUAAAGAUUAAUCAA